GCGCGGUGGGGUGCGGGUCGCUCCUCUGGCUCUGCCGCGGCCGCCGCCGGUGCCGCGCCGCCUUCCUUCCCUCCCCUAUGGAAGAGAUGGAAGAGGAGCUGAAAUGCCCGGUGUGCGGCUCCUUUUACCGGGAGCCCAUCAUCCUGCCCUGUUCGCACAACCUGUGCCAGGCGUGCGCCCGCAACAUCCUGGUGCAGACGCCGGAGUCGGAGUCGCCGCAGAGCCGCCGCGCCUCGGGCUCGGCCGUCUCCGACUACGACUACCUGGACCUGGAUAAGAUGAGCCUGUACAGCGAGGCGGACAGCGGCUACGGCUCGUACGGCGGCUUUGCCAGCGCUCCCACCACCCCCUGCCAGAAAUCCCCCAACGGCGUCCGCGUCUUCCCGCCGGCCGCCCCGCCGCCCCCCGCCGCCCUGGCGCCGCCGCCGCCGCCGCGCAACGCCUGCCUGACCUGCCCGCAGUGCCACCGCAGCCUGGUGCUGGACGAGCGCGGCCUGCGGGGUUUCCCCCGCAACCGCUUGCUGGAGGGCGUCAUCGACCGCUACCAGCAAGGCAGGGCGGCGGCUCUGCGCUGCCAGCUCUGCGAGAAGGCGCCCAAGGAGGCGGCCGUGAUGUGCGAGCAGUGCGACGUCUUCUACUGCGAUCCCUGCCGCCUGCGGUGCCACCCGCCGCGGGGGCCGCUGGCCAAGCAUCGCCUGGUCCCUCCGGCCCAGGGUCGUGUCAGCCGCCGCCUCAGCCCCCGCAAGAUCUCCACCUGCACCGACCACGAGCUGGAGAACCACAGCAUGUACUGCGUGCAGUGCAAGAGCCCCGUCUGCUACCAGUGCCUGGAGGAGGGCAAGCACUCCAGCCACGAAGUCAAGGCCCUGGGCGCCAUGUGGAAGCUCCACAAGAGCCAGCUUUCCCAGGCCCUGAACGGCUUGUCAGACAGAGCCAAGGAAGCAAAAGAGUUCCUGGUCCAACUCCGCAAUAUGGUGCAGCAGAUCCAGGAGAACAGUGUGGAGUUCGAGGCCUGCCUGGUGGCCCAGUGUGACGCCCUCAUCGAUGCCCUCAACAGAAGAAAAGCCCAAUUGCUGUCCCGGGUCAACAAGGAGCACGAACACAAGCUGAAGGUUGUGCGAGACCAGAUUUCUCACUGCACAGUCAAGCUGCGCCAGACCACGGGCCUGAUGGAGUACUGCCUGGAGGUCAUCAAGGAGAACGACCCCAGCGGCUUCCUGCAGAUCUCCGACGCUCUCAUCAGGAGAGUGCACUUAACCGAGGACCAGUGGGGAAAGGGGACGCUCACACCCCGGAUGACCACGGACUUCGACCUCAACCUUGACAACGCCCCUCUGCUGCAGUCCAUCCAUCAGCUCGACUUUGUGCAGAUGAAAGUUUCCUCCCCAGUGCCGGCCCCCCCGAUCCUGCAGCUAGAGGAGUGUUGCACCCACAACAACAGUGCCACCUUGUCCUGGAAGCAGCCCCCCUUGUCAACGGUGCAGGUGGAAGGCUACAUCCUGGAGCUCGACGACGGCAACGGCGGCCAGUUCAGGGAGGUGUACGUGGGCAAGGAGACCAUGUGCACGGUGGACGGGCUUCACUUCAACAGCACGUACAGCGCACGUGUCAAAGCCUUCAACAAAACCGGAGUCAGCCCGUACAGCAAGACCCUGGUCCUGCAGACAUCUGAGGACACGCAGUCAGAAGAACAGACCCUCCCUUUUCCAGUGCCUUUGGAAAGAUCGCAGCUUCGUAGAAUGAGUCCUUUCUCCUCCACCCUUAAUCUGCAACCCAGCUUUCCGGGGAGAUCCUACUUUGAGCUAAGAUCUUCGGCCCACCAGCUGAGCUUGCAUUCUUCUUUACAGUCCCUGAAUUCAGCUGGUGAGCCGAGUGCCUCUGGCAUUUCCUCUUAGUCUGUGCUUCCGGGCAUCUCCAAAGUAUUUGUUUGUUUUGUUCCGUUGUGUUUGUUUUUCCCAUGACAUGCCGAUGGCAGGGGGAACUCCUUCUGUUUGUCAGUGGCCUGUUCCUGCCGCGGGGGGGGGGGGAGUUUCGGUGGCGUAGUUAUCGUGGUGUUUUCGUCUGUACGUACCAGCAUGGGCAGUUUUAGGCGUGGGGUGACGGAGCAGCACAGCAACUCCUUACGUGGGUGCUGCUCUUGGCAGGGCUGGCAUGGCCGAAGCAUUUCGCACAGCCAGCCGGCAGAGCAGGUCCCUCAUCUCUAGUUUGCAUUGAUCUCAUGUCUAGGGACAGUCCAGAAGAACAGACCCUCCCUGGGAGAAACCUGUGGGGACAGCUCGAUGGUUUGCUUUCCCUGUACAACCAGAAAACGCAGCCUCUGCCGUGAGAUUUGUUCAGCGAAAUUAGUUUGCUCGAUUAAAUCCAGAUCCCUCCUAAUAAAUCCAGACCCCCCUUAAGAAAGAAGCAAGUCUAGGUGCAAGCAAGGUCUAGCUAAGGCCAACUCACAGACCCCUUGCAGUCUGGCUUCUUAAGCCCCUGUAGGUGUGGGCUGUUGUCCGCUCAGCUUGGAGCACUGGGCUGGGCUUUUGCAAAAGCAGACGCGAUCGUAGCGAAGUCUGGUUUUCUGCAGAGCAGAGGGAACCACUGCCGUGACACACCUUGCUCGUCUGGCAGCACCCACAAGCGCUUUGCUUGGUGCCUUGCGCCCGGGCCUGGCGGGCUGGGGUGGGCUGUAGGCAGUACAGGCAGAAAGAGUGACGGUGUCGGGCAGCCAGCGAAGGAACCGCAGGCACGGUGCAUCUCUCAGAGCUGUUUUCUAACCAAUCUUUGCACAUCUUCCCUUGCUAAAGAUCCUGGGCCCUGAUUCUUCCGCCACUCUGGAUUUACACCACUCCAUGGGCUCCAGUGGAGUAAUUCACAGCUUCCUCUGGUGUAAGCCCAGGAAGAAUGGGGGCCCCCGAUUGUUUGAUUUCCAUCCCAUAACCCGGAAUGAGGAAUGCUGCAGCAUGACCCUUGCCAGAAUAACCGGGGGCCCUGCAACUUUCUUUUCCUUGUGCUUUUUAUGUUUUUGGUUUUUUUCUCAUCGUACCGCUGUGCGCUAAUGGCUUGAACUCUUGUUUUUGUCACGGACGUUUCUAACUUUGUGUCCGGUGUCCCGAGAUCCACCGCGACGGCCACGAGCAACGCUCGGGUGUGCAGCAGGGGCCUCCGCGGCCGCGGCCUGGGGUGGUGGGGCAAGGGCGAAACGGGGUCCUGAACGUGCCGCACCCGGGUGAACUUGUACCGCAGCGAUGCGCGGAGACCUUGAAAACCACUCUUUGAACAGGGGCACGGGGCACGAUUCAUUAAAACGGCUUCAGGAGGUGCUGCUUGGCCCUCGCCACGGAGCACGGCGGCGGCCAGAUGCUUUCCCACCAACAGGCACGUCAGCAGGGGGGAAAAAAACCUGUUCCCUCGCCACAGGAGAGCUGAAAACCAGUCACAGAGCUAGACAGGGAGUUCUUUAAAAUCCUUCACGAAUGCCUACCCAUGCAAUGUCAACAUGAGGCUUCAUGCUGCCCUCUCCUCCUGGCGAGGACGAGCUCCUGGAUCAGGAGAAGCUCCUGCAGGAGGAGAAGCUCCUGGGUGAGCCCCCCGGCUGCGGUGCGGCUCCCACAAGGUGUUGGCAGCCAGCGGGUCAGGCACAGCCCAGGCACAGGAGGAUGAAGGGCACCCCGACACAUCCUCCCUGGGAAGCUACGGCCCGGUGCCCUUUGGGUGCUAGCAGGGGCGUGAGGCCAAGCACCUGCCCCCCAGGGACCCCCCUCUCCGGCUCCGCUCCUGCCCAGGUUGCCCACGGGGCAGGGGAGGCAGCCCGGGAGAGCUCGGUGGUCCCUAUUCCCUGGACGCACCAGCGGCUGCUCUGCUUUCAUCAGUCCCUGUCCUCCAAGGAGUGGGUUUUGAGUAAUUCAGCUGAGGGUCAGUCUAGAGAAUAUUUGCCGAGCGGCCCAGAUACUCCACCAAAGCUAAAAUUUCCUGCCUCUUUUCUGGAGGAAAGCGCAACGAUUUGGCACCCCAAGCUGUUAGCUAUCAGAGCUGAUGCUCUUGAAGGCUUGUGAUGGGAUCUGACAAUGAAUGCUCCACACUUCCCAGAGGUGAGGCUCACCAAAACGGCCAACAGUCCACACAUAAACCUCACGGGUUGUAUUUGCAACCCCUCUCCCUGCACUCUGGCUUUUAAUGAAUCAGGCCUCCCGUGGCUGGCUGGAUGCUUAGUUAACGGUUAAAUGCUCAUGAGUGUUUUUCAGGUGGUUGUUGUUUCGUAGCUGUGAUGUGUGAAAUGUAGUAUCUCUUUAUAGGAUGCAAUUUUGAGACACAAGGAACGCCUUACUCUCAAUUAGGCAAGUAUAUUUAUUACAGUUAUCUGGCACCUACUCCACAUUGC